CAAGUUUCAAACCUCUCAAAAAUCCGGUCUCUGCUGAUCGAAUUGCCAUUUAUUUUUUUGGAAAUUUGACACAAUGGCAGAAAUUCCGGCGUCUGGCGAUGCUCAAAGCCUCAAACUAAAAAUCGCCGAACUUGAGACACGCUGUAGCGACCUGAUUUACGAAAACGAACGAAUUAACUUGGAUUUGGCUCAUGAGAAGCACAAAGUCGGGCAAUUGGAACGCCAGCUUCAGUUUGUUAAAGACAAUCAGACGGUGUUUGAAAAACUGAGAGAAGCGUACGUUUGUAUGAAAUACAAUGAGACUGCAGGACGCAAACUUGUGGAGAUUCGAGAUAAGAGUGUGCAGACUUGGGAUGGCGUCUUGUGUCGGGCUUGCUUGGACACGGAGAAGUUGAGGAAGGAUUUGGAACGGGCUAAGGCCAUGUACAGUGGCUGUAUUGUCAUCAAGAGGGACGAAAUGGACAAAUUAAAUACGACAGUUGAAGCUUUAAAAUGUUACUUGGAUAACAAAUACACCAAAAAUAUGGACUCACAAAUAAAAACAAGGAGGGAUUAUCGAAACUUUGUAAUUAAUUCACGAAGUCAGUCCGUUGACAGAGGCACCUUUAACAAGAAAAAAGUGCUCCGCAAAAGGUGUAGAACUAGCAAAAGCUCAAUUGAUGUACGACAAAAGUAUAAAUAAAAGAAACGAUUGGUUCAACAGUAUUUUAUUCUUAGUACACAGUUGCAAGAAACGAACAAGAUUGGAAUAAAUUUAUCAGUGGAAGUGAAAGAAGUGUGAUUAAGGAGCAAUCCGAAAAAUUCCACAGGAACAAUUGUUACGUUUUUUCAUUCCAGACUAUCGUGAAAUUGGCAACAAAAUGCUUGAGUCACGACAGUUUGGAAUGUGUGUUAGAAAUGAGAAAUUGUUUAAACUGGGUUUAUUCAUCGGCUUCUGCUUCGGCUUCAGGCUCGUCUUCCGGCUCGACUUCAGCCGGUUCUUCUUCUUGUGCUUCAGCUUCAGGUUCAUCAACGACCGGUUCAGCUUGUUCUUCAGUCUUUUCUUCCUCUUCUUCAUUGGCGGCCAGUUCUUCUUGCGCUUUCGCCGCCAGUUCCGCCAGCUCCUUUUCCUGUCUUUCCAGUUCGGCCAGUUCGGUUUCCUGUCUCGCCAGUUCUGCAAGUUCUGCUUCCUUCUGUUCCUUCUCCUUUUGUUCCCUUUCGAGACGUUCCUGCUCCGCUCGUUCGGCCUCUUGUCUCGCUAACUCCGCCAGUUCUUCGGCUUGUCUCGCCAACUCUCGCUCUUUUUCCUCCUCGGCUUGUCUAGCGAUUUCCUCCAAACGGAGCAGUUGCUGGCGCUCUUCUUCAGCUUUGGCUUCUUCCUCAAGUCGGCGCUGUUCCUCCAAGCGCGCCCUUUCCUCCUCCUCUCUCUUCAUUCGCUCAAUCUCAGCCUUAAAACACAAAUACGCGAAUUGAAACAACCGGAAUAUUAUAGAUUACUUGUUUGGCCAGUUCUUCCUGACGUGCUUGUUCCGCCUGCCUCUCUAAUUCUGCUGCACGUUCUGCGGCGAGUUGAGCUGCAAGCUGUUCUUGACGAGCUAUUUCUGCUUUUCUGGCCGCUUCGGCUUCCUUCUUCGCUUGCUCUUCAGCAAUUGCUCUAGGAAACACAGUUUUAGGUUUCUUCAAAUUGCAAUGUGGUUUUACCUUUCUUCAGCUAACCUCGCUUCUUCUUUCCUUUUCUUUUCCUUCAGACUUUUCUCUACUUCAUCUGUUGUUUUAUCAUCAGAUGCGUAGAUUUUAGCGAGACGCUGUGCCCGUGCUUCACGCAAAUCUUUAAUUUCUUGAGCGACCGGAUCUUCCAUUGGCUUGUGAACUGAGAAAAUACGUGAAGGACGAGCUGGCGAUAAAGGUGCUGAAAUCGUUCAUUAUCGGUGAAUUAACCAAGUUAUUUAAUACAUGACGUCUGAAUAAUAAGCAGUAAUUGGCUAAUUUUUCCCAAAUUAGACAACUACAACAUUAGUCGCGACUAGAGUAAGUUAUUGAUUUAGAUGUUUUAGUUUUAAUUAUUUUAUUGUCUUUAUAAACUUACGUCGUUAAUGAGCUGGGGUCCCCUCGGUCCGGUGGCGUGGUCAUUUAAAAGGUUUUUUUACCGCAUUUAUUUUAUAACUUAAAUUUAUUGUUAGCAAAAAUCACUCUAUUUUUAAAAAAGAAAAACAAAAAUACCAUCCCAUAAAAACCUAAGAUGCUGAAAGAGAUUAUAAAAGGUGUUUGCCAUUGCACUAUUAGUAAAGAAAACCAAACCAUAAUAAAAUAAAGUUUUAUUGAUUGAACGGAACAUUAUAAAAAAAUAGUGAAUUAUUAAGAGAGCGAGCUAUUCGGCAGUGACCACACCUUGUAACAAUUGAAAAACAAGCCCGUUCUCUUGUGAGUAAACAACAAAGACAAUCGUGCACAUGACAUUAAGGAGAAAAGUGUUACCAUCUUCAAGAAUCUUAACCUAACUGCGUUUUAGUAGAGGAAAGCGAGUGAAAUUUAACACAAAAGUCGUAAUCAGGGGUUAUUCGGUAAUUUCGGUUUGUUGUUUUUCUUCUACACUCCCAGCUGCAAGGAAAACCAAAAAGUCAAUACACACGAGUUAGCCACAAACAUGAUCGAAGCUGUAGAUCAUGAAGAUGAUUUCUAUGUUCAAAUAACUAAGCGAAAAACCGAAACUGUUACGAAAUUAGCUCUUUAUGUACAUGAGAUGGCGAUUUAAGCGCGCAAAUACCUUUAAUUUCUUUCGGUUGUUGUUUCUCAUCUCGAAACUUAGUAAUGUAAUAACUCAACAACUGGAUAUCAUUCCUGAGAGCGUCCUCAAACAUGGUCAGAGGACGACGGCGGCUGUAGCCUUUGUCCCCUGCGUACGAGACACAUGAUAGAUGACCUGCACCUAAUUCAAACUCAAAUCAAUCAAAAGCGCAUUAUUUCACACACUCCGGUUAGGCCUUUUCGCACUACCGUCAGUAGGUACCACCUAAAGCAGGAACAUUGUGCAGAGAGCAGGAACUAAGCCACCAAGUGCAGGAAUUCGUGCACAGAACUAAAACCAAACUCACCGAUGUAUUUUUUAACGGGUUCCGUGUAAUAUGUGGCGUAUUGUAUUUUGUGAUUUGGGGAAUAAGUCAAGAGUCUGUGAAUGUAAGUGUCGUUGCUGUAUUUCAUCGGCAACGACGGGAAAUCGCCGAAUCUGGGUUUCAAAGCCAAAUUAAAAUUUUUGGUUUUAUGGGCAUAGCAUUUUACCUGUUUAACGGAGUAAUGGGCCAGGUUCUGAUUCUCGGUACCGGCUGAUGGACCUGUUUGAGGAGAGACGCCGUCUGAGCUCGAAUCAGCCUCGUUUCGUCGUCAAAUAUCUGAAAAUGUUCAUAACCAGUUUCUCACUCCUUGACUAAACCGAUCCUACGUCCUAGUUUAGUGUCGGUUAGUGUAUUAUUUGUAACGGUUAGAUGCAUUGAAAAAUCGCUUAAACUGGUGUUUAAGCGACUUUUGGUGUUUAAAAAAGAAUGAGAUACUUACACGUUGGAAAUAUUUGGCAUAAAAGGGUGCUAAAUUGUUCAAACUAUAAGAAAUAGGAAGAUAUUUGAGCCAAUAGUGUGAUCGUUUUGGAGACCAAUAAUAAGUGUCCCAAUACCUGUUAUAUCUCCAAACUGGCCAAUAAUAAUCGUGAUAAUAAGGAUAAUAAUAACUCAAGGGCCGAUAAUAUCUGUAAUAGUUGUAAUAAUGAUACCAGUUCCGGUAAUAAGGGUAAUACAGCCCAGAAUCGUAUUUCUGGAAAUAAACGAGGAUUCAUCACACAGAAAAAUGACGAGUUUUAUUAUUGUUUUAAGCAAUGAACUACAAUUUUGUGUAACUUUCGUUCCUAAAUCUUCUCGCUUAAGAUUUUCUUCAUGAUUUUGUGUUCUUCCUGUAAAUCGUUUGAUCAUCGUCUGAAUGUUAUGUCGAGCUUGAAGCAUUAACGACAGUCAUUUAUGCGCAAAAGGCGGCUCGUAGUUGUCGCAUCAGUUCACACUUUGUUGUGCGUUAAAACUGAUCCAAAACUACGCAAAAAUCGGCUCGCUUUUGAUACUUACACUCUGUAAUCUAAGAGAACGAUAAAGCGGAAUAUCAUCGAGAUAGCUAACUGAACGAGAAAUAGGCCAGUAACUGUAAUACGCACUUAACGGCCUAUAAAACGGCCAGUAAUCGUCGUAAUACGAAAGCGGGCGAAUUAUUCGAUAAAAGUUGUAAUAUCGAGACGGAUAAUAGUCUGAAUGAUACUUUAAGCCAGUUAUUGGAUUGCGAACA